CAAAAGAAAUUUGAAAGAAAAUUGUUAACGACAUGACGUUAGUGACAUGUAAUUUGACAGUUGGUAACGAAACGUCGAAAAACAAAAUUUGCUAAAACGGUGAUAGCGAGAAAGGAGCUUUUGGGGCAUUCAUAUGAUAAAAUUAAACCGUGCGGCAAUUAAAACAUGGACUUCGAAGACGAAGCCGACACCGUGUUGGAAGAGGAUUAUUACACAACCCUCAACAUCUCAAAAGACGCCACAAAGGAAGAGAUAAACAACUCCUAUAGACGCCUUAGUAGACUGUACCAUCCUGAUAAACAUGUUGAACCCAAACAAAAAGAAAAAGCCGACAUUAUCUUUAACAAAAUUAAAAACGCAUACGAAAUUUUAUCGGAUCCUCAUCGAAGAGCUAUUUAUGAUAGUUUAGGUGUAAAAGGUUUAGAAACUGAGGGAUGGGAGAUUGUUCAAAGAACACGAACUCCAGCGGAAAUCCGUGCUGAGUAUGAACAAUUAGCUGAGGAAAGAGCUGAGAGAAAGAAACAACAGCAAACAAACCCACAUGGAGCUGUUACAGUUAAUAUAAACGCUACAGAUUUAUUUAAUCCUUACGAUGAUUUAAUGUUGGAUGAUCUCGAUAUUACCACAGACUCUAUUUUACCAAGUAUUGAAGUAUCUGGUAUGAGUUUUAAUCAAUCGGUUGAGUUUCCAUUAACACAAAAAGAUACUUGUACAUUAUCCGGACAGUUAAAUACACAAAAUGGGACUGGAAAUGGUGGAAUAAAUUUAAGCUGGAGGCACAUUUAUUCACAUAAAAGUUGGUCUGAAGUUGAAGUAGUUGCUGUAGGAAAUGGACCAGCCGUGUCUUUUAAGGCAUUUAGAACACUGAGUAAACGAUUUUAUUGGAAUGGUGGGACUAUUUUGCAAUUUACACCUCAAGGAAUAAGACCAGGAAUCAUGUCAACAUUAGCAAUGCAAUUAGAUAAACACUCAAUAGGUUAUUUAACUUACCACGGUGGAAUACGAUCAAUGGUUUCUACAUCGAUUGUUAGAGACACGGAAUCGGCCCAAUACAAUUUAUCUGUUCAAAUAGGUCUUCCACAUUCGUACAUUUCAAUUAGUUAUACGAAGAAAUUAUUAAAUCAAGAAUUAAAAUUACGAUUAUCAGUAAAAUAUGGUACUUUUGGGGCCAUUUUUGAAUAUGGAGUUGAAAAACGGGUCUCGAAACAUAGUAAUAUGUCAGCGGCUGUAGCUAUUGGUAUGCCAACAGGAGUUAAAUUAAAAAUAAGAUUAACGCGUGCAAAUCAAGUAUAUUCCUUCCCAAUUCAUCUCUGUGAGGAAGUUCUACCUGCGCCGAUAUUUUAUGCGACGGUAGUUCCACUUGUAGUUUAUGUAAUAAUAAAGAAAGGCUUUGUUGAGCCGUUCUUAAAAGAACAACAUGCAAAACAAGUUGAAAAACAACGCGAGGCAAAUAGGUCAAAAUUAAUGCAGAAAAGAAAAGAAGCUCAAGCUGCUGUUGAUUUAAUGAAUGCCACAUACACGAGAAUUGUAGAAGAAGAAGAAACAAAGAAGGGUCUGGUUAUUGUUAAAGCUUUAUAUGGAAAAUUAAUAUCUGGAUCCGGUGACUCAAGCUCUAAUGAAGAUGGAAAUGAAGAAGUCAUUGAGGUUACUGUACCGUUACAGUGUCUUGUUAAAGAUAGCAAAUUGAUUUUACAUGAAUUAUCAAAGAGUCAACUCCCUGGAUUUUUUGAUCCAGCUGUCGGUGAAGAAAAAUCACUUUUGAUAGUUUAUAAUUUUAAACAACAACUUCACGAAGUGACAAUAAGAGAUAAUGAGGCGUUAAGAAUACCAAAAACAUCACAUCGGUGUACAAACCCAACCUAGCGCUGGUUAGGUUAUCAAAAGAAUAGUCAAGGAUUCGCGGAAUUCGUAGGUAGAUUGAUUUAGGAGGUACAACGCGACACUUUUUCUCACAUGAGUCUAACUGUAUUUUGUUAUUAUUAUGUAGUAUUUGCUUGACCAUUUUUUUGUAUAUACAUGUUGUUGUUAUUAAAAUACA